UGACAACGCCUGCUGCAUCCUUUGCUCGUUUGUUAGGCUGUGCAUAGAUUUGAGCAUGGCAGCGAACGGCAGCAUCCGAAAAACGACAUUUGACGCGCCAGGCAGUCUUCGGCCGAAAACCACCACGUCCCACUCCACGCAAACGCCCGAGUCUUCUCCCACCGACACGAUGCCUGCGCAAUUGGCACCCAGUAUGCCUGCUUCCAAGGCGUCCACAACAAUCAGCGCGCCAGCGCUGCGCAGGAAGCAAUCGUCGCCCAUGAUGCCGCCCUUCAUGGUCUCUGCGCCAGGAAAAGUUAUUGUGUAUGGCGAACAUGCCGUCGUACACGGCAAGGCUGCAAUUGCUGCCGCUAUCUCCCUCCGCUCGUAUCUCCACGUCUCGUUUCUGUCCAAGUCGAACCGGACCGUCCGAUUGCGAUUCCCCGACAUACAAAUGGAACACACGUGGAAUAUCGAUGAUCUUCCAUGGGACAGUUUCUCCAAGUCGGGGAAGAAAAAGUACUACUACGACCUCGUCACCUCGCUAGACCCAGACCUCCUCGCCGCCAUCCAGCCCUGCAUCGACGCAGUCUCGCCCGAAGCCCCCGAAUCGAUACGCAAGAUACAUCAUGCAUCCGCAUGCUCCUUUCUAUAUCUGUUCCUCUCAUUAGCGUCGCGGAAAGUGCCACCAUGUGUGUACACUCUGCGCUCAACAAUACCAAUAGGCGCAGGCCUGGGCAGCAGUGCGAGUAUCUCUGUCUGCAUCAGUGUUGCGUUACUUCUUCAGAUCCGCGCAUUGAGUGGGCCCCACCAGGAUCAGCCUCCACAAGAAUGCGAGCUCAACAUUGAACGAAUAAAUCGCUGGGCAUUUGUGGGCGAAAUGUGCAUACACGGCAACCCUUCGGGUGUCGAUAACACAGUGUCCUCAGGUGGAAAGGCGGUCCUUUUCCAACGGCGAGACUACGACAAACCGCCCAUGGUUACACCGCUUUACAACUUCCCAGAACUGCCUCUACUUCUCGUCAACACACGGCAAUCGCGCAGCACGGCCACUGAAGUCGCCAAAGUCGCCAACCUCAGAACCGUACAUCCCGAUAUCACAGAAAACAUACUCAAUGCCAUUGGUCUGGUCACAGAAUCCGCGCAUAAGCUCCUUGUCUCGCCCGACUUUGAUCCCAAAUCACACGCCUCUCUCAAGCAUCUCGGCGAGCUUGUGACUAUAAAUCACGGCUUGCUUGUCUCACUAGGCGUAUCGCACCCAAAACUCGAGCGUGUGCGCGAACUCAUUGACCACACUGGCAUUGGCUGGACAAAACUUACUGGUGCGGGAGGUGGCGGCUGCGCGAUAUCGAUCAUCAAACCAAAACCGCCUGUCCAUACAAAUGGUCACAGCAACGAAGCACAUCACGACUCAUCUGAGGACGAAUCAGACAUUUCUUCCGAUGCAGACUGUGCCGCCUCAAUCAUUUCAAAUGGCACAAAGCUCAAACAUAAGAUCCUGGAUUCCCUCGAAGUUAAACUGGAAAAGGAGGGAUUCGAGAAGUUCGAGACAACGCUCGCAGGUGACGGCGUUGGUGUCUUGUGGCCUGCGGUAUUGCAUAAUGGGAACGAGGAGGAGGGCGGAGAAGAGAUUGAUCAAGAGAAGUUCCUGAGGGCAGAGGGAACCGUGGGGAUUGAGCGGUUGGUAGGUGUGGAAAGCGGGAGGAGAAAGGUUCGAGAAGUUAGGGAGGGCUGGAAAUUCUGGAGGCCGUGGGAAACGCCCGAAGAGUGAUCCAUGAUGCCAUUUAUUUCUUGAAAGCGUUUUUUUCGUGCUUUCCUUUCUCUUAAUUUCCGAAUCUUAUUCUAGCACACAGCCGGGACUGUGGAGGGACGGAGAAGAACAGAAGCUUGGGGGCAAGUCGAGUAGCUUCUUAUCUGUAUAUUCAGAUAUGGUGGCGACGUAUUGUUUAUUGAUCUAAUACAUGUCCCUAAUUUCCAC